AUGUCCACCUCCAGCCAUGAAAUCACCCUCGGCUGGGAACUCGAACUCAUCGUCCACCUCCAACCAGGCGAACAAUCCGGCAUCGCCCUCGAAGCCCACAAACUCCGUGACCUCGCGCUAACCAUCGCAGAACAGUGCCCCAACCUGCCCAUCGCCGCCCACUGCAUCCAUCGCCCGUCCGUCUCCUGCAUCAUCUGCGAGGACGCCCCCGCCGAGCACCGCCUCCCUCACGUCCGCGUCUUCAACCCGGCCACUCCCAUCCGUAGACCCAAUGGCCCUAUCGAAGACCUGUACUACUUCGUCGAGAGAGAAUGGCUCAGAGUGCCCACGGACGACAACGGCGACAGACUGGCCCACGGCUUCGAAAUCACCUCCCCCAUUCUGUCCCACGCUGAACUCCGCGCCGGCCUUCCCCAGACGAAGCAGAUCCUCAGCGCCGUUCGAAACUCGGGCCUCACCAUCUCGGCGCACACGGAAUGCGGCCUCCACUUCCAUGUUGGUGUCAAGAGCGGCAUGACCCUCAACAUCGCCAAGAAGGCCGCCACCCUGGUCAUGCUCCUCGAAAUGUCCCUGCUCAAGAAGUUAGUCUCCGAAGAGCGUUCCGAAGAGCGGCGCUGGUUCAUUCCCAUCUCUACAAGGUCCAAGUUCAACACUUUGGCAGACCGCAUGUGCGACGAUCAACUCACAGACGCCAACACAAGUCCCGAGAUGCGCCAGCACCUGCCGGACUUGUCCAAGGAGAAGCCAGCUGAGUGGAACAGCAACGAACCCAAUCGACUGCACCUUGCCCUGAAUGAGCUCUGGCUAACAGACAGUAUCUGGAAGCUCUCGAUGGGACUGGAAACGGACAGAGGUCAAAAGGCCAGCCUGGUCCUGUGUACCCGCGAGAGGAACGGCGAUUCGGCCUCGGAACCUGUUCAUGGUGUGUCCGACAACCUCGAAGGCACGCCAUCCACGAUCGAGUUCAGGUACCCGGCCGCGAGUUUCGAUAUUGACUCAUUCGUGUGUUGGAAAGAUCUUUGUUGUCGGAUUGUCGAGAUUGCCACGCGCGACUCGGCGGCUUAUCGCCAAGUGACGACGGACGUGCUCAGGGAGUCGGAGACGAAUGAUACCCCCCUUUGGGAGCGACAAUUGAAGGUUCUCGGAUUGGAUUACCAGGUUCCCUCUUGGAGGCAGCAGUUGGCCCGGUUUGACGAAGAUGGGCCGAUUCGAUUCCUUGACGACGAUGGGUUUCUGAUUCCGGAGAAGAAGUAG